AUGCUGCGUGUCACAAGAGCAAGCAUCAAUCAAGCAAAGCAGCAGUGGUACGUCACCGCGGCAGAGGACGACGCGGCGCGAGAAAGUGACGACGAGGCACGGCACCAAGCAAUGGGGGAGGCGCUGGCAGAAGCCAACGAGCGGCUGCUGGAGAAGGAGGUGGCGAGGAGCAGGCUGGAGGCGGAGUGCCGGUCGCUGCAGCAGCGGGUCGCGGAAGCAGAGGCGGCGGUGGCGGAGUGCGAGCGGCUCAAAGAGGAGAACCUAGAGGCGUGGAAGGCCAAGUAUGACUUGGAGUCCACCCUGUCCACCAUGAACGCGCAGCUGGAGGGGGUUCAGCGAGAGAGGGACGGGCUGGCGCAGGAUCUGGAGGCGAUGCGGCGCCAAAUGGCGAUCUGGCAGGACCGCAGCGCGGGCGACAGCGACAAGAGCGAGCGCGAGGGGAAGCUGCUGCAGGAGCAGCUGGACGCGCGGGGCGCUGAGCUGGCGGCGCUGAGGGGCCACACGACUGAGGUCGAAGCUGAUCGGGACCGCGCUGUGCAGGAGCGGCAACGGGCGCAGCAGGAGAGGGCCAAAGCGGUGGAAGAGCGCGAUAAGGCGGUGGCCGUCAUUGCACAGGUGGCUUCGCUGCAGGCGGCUCUCAUGGAGGCACAGGCGACGGUGGCGGCAGCGAGCGCUGCGGCAGCGGAGUGGAAGGAUAACUUUUUGAAGGAGCGGGCAGUCAGGCGGCAGCUGCACGAGCAGCUGCAGGUCGUGCGCGGCAACAUCCGCGUCAUGGCCCGCGUGCGGCCCCCGCAGCCCUGCGCGCGCUCCGUCAUCAACUUCCCCCUGGAGGGCCUCCUGACGCUCCAGGACCCCACCUCGUGCCGCCACCGCGAGUUCGAAUUUGACGCUGUGUUCGGCCCCGACGCGGACCAGGGGCGCGUGUUUGCCGAGGUGCUGCCGCUGGUGCGGUCCUGCGCCGACGGCUACAACGUGUGCAUCUUUGCUUACGGACAGACGGGCAGCGGCAAGACCUUCACCAUGCAGGGGCCGACGGAGGACCCCGGCAUCAACACGCGCGCGCUGCAGGAGCUGUUCCGCAUUGCCGCCGAGGAACCUGACCGCACGUGGUCUUUCUCGGUGGCAGUGUUGGAAAUUUACAACGAGGCGGUCCACGACCUGCUGGCCCUGUCGUCCGCGACUGGCGGCAGCGGCGCUCCCGGGCAGGACGCGGUGGCGCGCUGCACGCGCGAUGUGUCGGCGCUCGGCGCCGGCGAGCUGCCGCCCAACAUGGACAGGGUCCAGGCCCUGCUAUGGCGGCCGGUGUCGACACCAGAUGAGGUCCAGGACGCCCUCCGAGAGGGCAGCCGCGCGCGCCGCACGGCGUCCACAGCGCUCAACGCGGUCAGCAGCCGCAGCCACGCGCUGGUCAGCGUGAAGGUCCGCAACAUGCAGGAGGGGCGGCCCGUCACCACCCUCAUGCACCUCGUCGACUUGGCGGGCAGCGAGCGGAUCGAGCGGUCAGAGGUCACAGGGGAGCAGCUCAAGGAGGCGCAGGCCAUCAACAAGAGCUUGUCAGCCCUGGGGGACGUCAUCAGCGCGCUGCAGCGCCGCACCCCACAUAUCCCCUUCCGCAACAGCAAGCUCACCCAGGUGCUCCAGGACAGCUUGUGCGGCAGCAGCAAGGUGAUGCUGGUCUGCAACCUGUCCCCAGAGGCCAUCUCCACGCAGGAGACCCUCUCGUCCCUCAACUUUGCCAGCAGGGCGGCGCAGGUCGAGCUGGGGCCCGUCAAGAGGGUCACGGCCGACAAGCAGGCCAGCAGUGGGGGCGUUGCAGGGGCCAGCGAGGGCGGCGGCGACGCGCGCCCGUCCAGCGCGUGCAGCAGUCCAACUCGGGGGCCAUCAGGGCUGCGCACGUCAAGACUGGGGGACCGGGCCAGCCCCGUCCCGUCGGUGGGCGGGAGCCCGCGGCCAUCGGGCUCGUUUGCGAAGCCGGCGCGCCACUGA